GUUCGGCAUAUACAUAUUAUGCAUAUACACAUGUAGAAUAGACUUUAACGAUGGCAAAAAUCAUCGAAUGACCCCUCCCGCUGUUGGAGGCCUUUUAUGUACCAAGGCCACGGUAACAUAAAUAGAUUAGACUUAAAACAAUAUGCUUUUAUCUGGGCGAUAGGAGUAGUUCUACCGGGACGCCGGAAAAAUAUCUUGUGUAAAAGCUAUAAUCGAUGUGAAACCGACCGUUAUGCUGGCUUCAAAAAUUAUCAUUUUUAAAAUGCUUUAUUAUUUCAGGUGAAUUAAUUAAAACGAACAAUGGGGCCGAAGUGCUAUUGUAUAACGGUUACACGUUCAACAAGAUAAAAGUGCUCAAGAAUAGCGUCAGAUGGCGCUGCAGUAGCCGACAUAUAUGCAAAUCUUACGUUAUAACCGACAAAAAUUUGACCAUACUACAAGGUUCUCUAGAGCAUAAUCAUAAUAUGAGGAAAUUAGUUCAAACGAGUUCUGGUUCAUAUAUUCGUGUGUGAAUAAGAAGUACUGUUAGUACUGUACUUUAAUUGUAAUAUGUUUAGAUAUCAAUAAAAUAAGCUAACCAACCAUUUUAAUAUUUUUUUAUACAUAGGUUUAAAAUAAAACCGAACUUAUUUCAUUAGAGGAACUGCCGCAUAUUUGGAAUACUGCAGGUAACUUGGAAUACUUCGAUAUCUAAAUAUAUAUAAACGCCAUCUGUGAUUUUAUGCCGUAAACAUAACGUCAAACGAUACACCAAGCCAUACAGCAUUAAAAACAGGACGCCAUCUUGACAUUUCGGCCAUUUUUUGGAUUGGAUGGAUUGGAUGUCCCAAAAAAAUAGUGAUAUGUCAGAACGUGAACAGCGGAAGAUAAGGAAGAGCUAGAGAAAGACGAGAUACAUAAGUUCGGCUUAAUAAAGGCGUCUUAAAAAGAGAAGUUUUCAUUGUUUUUCUUUCGUUUUCUCAAAAUAUAUAGGUGGUGACGGAAUGUGCAUAUUUUGGCCCAAAAAAAUUUUUGAAACAAGCUAAGUUGGGCUGUCAGCGCCUUAAACCUUAGAUUCCAUUACAUAGGAACAUAAGUUCGGCAUAUACAUAUGUAUAUACACAUGUAGAAUAGACUUUUGACGAUGGUAAAAUUCAUCAAAUGACCCCUCCCGCUGUUGGAGGCCUUUUAUGUACCAGGGCCACGGUAACAUAAAUAGAUUAGACUUAAAACAAUAUGCUUUUAUCUGGGCGAUAGGAGUAGUUCUCCCGGGAUGCCGGAAAAAUAUCUUGUGUAAAAGCUAUAAUCGAUGUAAAACCUACCGUUAUGCUGGCUUCAAAAAUUAUCAUUUUCAAAAUGCUUUAUUAUUUCAGGUGAAUUAAUAAAAAUGAACACUGGGGCGGAAGUGCUAUUGUAUAACGGUUACACGUUCAACAAGUUCAGUGUGCUCAAGAAUCGCAUCAGAUGGCGCUGCAGUAGCCGCCGUAUAUGCAAAUCUUACGUUAUGACCGACAAAAACUUGACAAUACUACACGGUUCUCUAGAACAUAAUCAUAAUAAGAGGAAAUUAGUUCAAACGAGUUCUGGUUCAUAUAUUCGUGUGUGAAUAAGAAGUACUGUUAGUAAUGUACUUUAAUUGUAAUGUGUUUAGAUAUCAAUAAAAUAAGCUAACGAACCAUUUUUUAUAUAUUUUUUUACACAUAGGUUUAAAAUAAAACCGAACAUAUUUCAUUAGAGGAACUGCAGCAUAUUUGGAAUACUGCAGGUAACUUGGAUGACUUCGAUAUCUAAAUAUAUAUAAACGUCAUCUGUGUUUUUAUGCUGUAAACAUAACGUCAAACGAUACACGAAGCCAUACAGCAUUAAAAACAGGACGCCAUCUUGACAUUCCGGCCAUUUUAUGGAUUGGAUGUCCCAAAAAAAAAUAGUGAUAUAUGUCAGAACGUGAACAGCGGAAGAUAAUGAAGAGCUGGAGAAAGACGAGAUACAUGAGUUCGGCUUAAUAAAGGCGUCAUAAAAGAGGAUUUUACAUUGUUUUUCUUUCGUUUUCUCAAAAUAUAUAGGUGGUGAUGGAACGUGCAUAUUUUGGCCCAACAUUUUUUUUGAGACAAGCUAAGUUGGGCUGUCGGCACCUUAAACCUUAGAAUCCAUUACAUAGGAACAUAAGUUCGGCAUAUACAUAUUAUGCAUAUACACAUGUAGAAUAGACUUUAACGAUGGCAAAAAUCAUCGAAUGACCCCUCCCGCUGUUGGAGGCCUUUUAUGUACCAGGGCCACGGUAACAUAAAUAGAUUAGACUUAAAACAAUAUGCUUUUAUCUGGGCGAUAGGAGUAGUUCUCCCGGGAUGCCGGAAAAAUAUCUUGUGUAAAAGCUAUAAUCGAUGUAAAACCUACCGUUAUGCUGGCUUCAAAAAUUAUCAUUUUCAAAAUGCUUUAUUAUUUCAGGUGAAUUAAUAAAAAUGAACACUGGGGCGGAAGUGCUAUUGUAUAACGGUUACACGUUCAACAAGUUCAGUGUGCUCAAGAAUCGCAUCAGAUGGCGCUGCAGUAGCCGCCGUAUAUGCAAAUCUUACGUUAUGACCGACAAAAAUUUGACAAUACUACAAGGUUCUCUGGAACAUACUCAUAAUAAGAGGAAAUUAGUUCAAAAGAGUUCUGGAACAUAUAUCCGUGUGUGAAUAAGAAGUACUGUUAGUAAUGUACUUUAGUUGUAUAAAAUAAGCUAACCAACCAUUUUUCAUAUAUUUUUUUUUAUACAUAGGUAAAUUUUCUAUACUAAUAUUAUAAAGAGGAAAACUUUGUUUGUUUGGUUGGUUGUAAUGAAUAGGCUCAAAAACUACUGGACCGUUUUUUUAAAUUCUUUCACCAUUCGAAAGCUGCAUUAUCCACGAGUAACAUAGGCUAUAUUUUAUCCCGGUACGGGCAGUACUUACCACGGGACGCGGGUGAAACCGCGGGAAAACGGCUAGUUAUAAAUAAAACCGAACAUAUUUCAUUAAAGGAACUGCAGCAUAUUAGGAAUACUGCAGGUAACUUGGAAUACUUCGAUAUCUAAACAUAUAAACGCCAUCUGUGUUUUUAUGCCGUAAACAUAACGUCAAAAGUCAGGACGCCAUCUUGCAUUUCCGGCUACCAGCCCCCAGCGAACGAGAACGAAAGACAUGCAAUUUUAAGUUAGGUUGGUGUGUUGUUAAUUUGGAAUACCGGGAGUGAACAUAAUUUGGAGUAUUCCAAAUGCACAUUUUAUGAGUAGAUAUUGAUUAUUACCUUUUUUUUAGAAAUGUCAGCAUCUCAAAAAUACAAGAAGAGAAAAACGUGGGACAUGGAGGAAAUGAACGCUGCUAUUGUCGCUGUUAGAGAAAAGAGAAUGGGAUACUUAAAGGCAGCUAAACAGUUUAACGUUCCCAGGUCAACACUUUUUCGAUUUGUAAAUGAUAAAGACUCUCCUAUUGAAUCAAUAACAAAUAAAGUUAUUGGUAGAAAGCCAGUUUUUGGUCAAGAUAUUGAAAACCUGUUGGUGGAGUACGUAUUAACUAUGGAGAAUAAGUUUUAUGGGCUGACUAGAAUGGAUUUGCGCCGUUUGGCAUAUCAACUCGCUUUAAAAAAUGAUAUUAAAAACCCUUUUAGGGGUGGCUUUGCUGGGAGAUACUGGCUAAAAGGGUUUUUAAAACGACAUCAGGAAAUUUUGUCCAUUAGGCAGCCAACCGAAACUUAUGGAUUUACAAAAGAAAGAAUGGACGAAUUUUACGACAAUCUUGAAAAAGUCCAAGAUGAUAAGUCAUUCCCUGCUACACGCAUAUUUAACGUUGAUGGGAGUGGUCUUUCCAUAGUCCAAAGUAAAAUACCAAAAAUUAUAGCUCGUAAAGGCAAGAAACAAAUUGGGGCAAUGACAUCAGCCGAAAGAGGGUCCUUAAUAACUAUUGUAAUUUGUAUGAGCCCUGCAGGAAUAUUUGUUCCUCCCAUGAUAAUAUUCCCGCGUAAAAAUAUGUCUGAUGCAUUAAUGAGAGGAGCUCCAGUUGGUUCUAUAGGCAAAGCACAUCCAUCGGGGUGGAUACAAACCUACUUAUUUACGCAAUGGUUUCAACACUUCUUAGAUUACGUGAAACCUACAGAGGCAUCCCCAGUGCUCUUGAUUCUCGAUGGACAUUACAGUUAUACCAAGAACAUAGAGUUGAUAGAUCUAGCAAGACAACAUUAUGUGACGAUCCUGUCACUACCACCUCAUUGUACGCAUAAAGUUCAACCGCUAGACCGCACUUUCAUGGGACCCUUAAAAUGCUACUAUAGUGAAGAAGUUCGUGUGUUUCUCAGAGAAACUAAUAGACUCAUAACACCAUAUGAUGUUGUUGAGCUAUUCGGAAAAGCCUAUAUCAAGUGCCAAACGGGAGAAAUUGCCUCUAAUGGUUUCAGAGUCGGUGGCAUAUAUCCAUUUAAUCGAAAUAUAUUUACUCAAGCUGAUUACAUGGCCGCUGCUGCAGAUUUUCAAGAGGAACAAAACUGUCAAACUAUUUCAACGACGAUCGCGUCCCCCACGGUUGCUUCUUUGCCAUUGGAGAAUUUUGAUAACACACAGCCAGGACCGUCAGGUAGUAGAACAGAAAUUCACUCCCUUGUUACUCCCUCUCAUAUUUCUCCCGUGCCCAACAAAAUAAAAAAGAAUACUAGCAAUAGAGCCCGUAAGCCAGAAAGAUCGGCAAUAAUCUCAAGGUCUCCUUAUAAAAAAGACCUUGAGAAUGCACAGUUAAAAAAGUCUGAUAAAGAAAACAGAUCACAUAAAGAAAAUAUUAAGGGAAAAGGCAAGAAAAAAAUAACAAAAAACACAAAGAAAAAAAAUGUGACAGACAGUGACUCAUCAGAUCCCGAUCCUGGGGUUAUAUCUGGAAAUAGCACAGACUCUUCCGACGGUGCAGCGACAAGAUAUGAGACUGCAGUCCCUACAGACGAAAACGCCGAAUGUUUUUUCUGUAACGGAAAACAUAGCGAGGAUAAAGGGGGUGAAGAAUGGGCACAGUGCUUAAUGUGCGAAUUAUGGGUUCACGGUGCUUGUGGUGGUUAUGAAUCCGACGUGUAUAUUUGUGAUUACUGCAAGAAUAGUAAACUGUAAGUUCAAACUGAACACGAUCUCUGAUUAUUGUGACUGAUUACUUAAUAAUUAGAUGUUAUUUUAGGUUUAAAAAGAUUGAUUACCUAGAGAGCUAAAGACUAUAAAACUAUUACAAAGAUUAGAAUUCUAUUAGUUUGUAAGAAAAAGUGUUAGCAACUUUCAAAAGAAAAAUGUGAAUAUAAUUUAUCUGCGCCCUAAGCCAAAUCACGUUUUUGGAGUAUUUUGAGUUUGAUAGGCAUUUUGAUAAAAUAUCUAGUAUUUGGAUGCGAAAAGCCGAAAAUCGAUCUCAGUGGCGUGCACUUGGAGAGGCCUAUGUCCAGCAGUGGACUGCGAUAGGCUGAUGAUGAUGAUGAUCUGGUAUUUGUUAUAUUUGAUUGUUCGCAUUAUUAAAGUUUAAUAUUUUGACAAUAAUUUAAUGUAUUUUUUAUUGAGCUAUCCCGUUUCUCCUUCAAUUUAUUUUCAAAAAACAAAUUAGUAUUCCAAAUAUGCUGCAGUUCCUCUAUGCAUAUUUCUGUUUUGUUAAUUAUAUUAUAUAUAGGUACAAGAUUUUAUGUAGGUAUCCUUUAAUCAACUUGGUGGUGAUGGAA